AUGCAAUUUAAUGUUUCAAGAAAAUCUGAAUCUACCAAACUAAGUAUUAAUGAAGUUAAAUUAAGCAUAUUUGAUAAAGCCUUACAAUUAAAUCCAAAAAAUUCUUGGUUACUCGUUGAAUAUUUAAAAUGUUGUGAACAAACUUAUGACGUUCCAAAAUUACUUACAAAAUGGGAUCAAAUUUUAAAUGAAAAUCCUGGUGACAUAGUACUUUGGAUGGAAUAUAUAACCUUUAGACAAACCAAUCUUGUUUCUUUUAAUGUUACUCAGUGUUUACAAUUAUUUGAAGAUUGUUUGCAUGUUUUGCGCAAAUCCGUUUUGGUUGCAAAUGAUUAUAAUGAGAAACUUCGAAUUGAGCGAAUUAUGAUUCACGUGUUUCAACGCGCCUGUGUCUUUAUGUUACAAUCAGGAUAUUCUGAAAGAGCUUACGCGUGUUGGCAAGCGAUGGUUGAACUUGUCUUUUUUGCGCCGGAUCAUUUACGUCAACAAACUUUUUAUGAUCGUGUCGCAGCUUUGGAGGUCUUUUGGGAGGCUGAAUGGCCUAGAUUUGGUGAAGAUGAUGCCAAAGGAUGGUCGUAUUACGCCGAUCAAGGCAAUAAUGAGAUGCAAGUUAUUCCCGCGCCACUACCAAGUCCUAUAAAUAUUUCUAACUUACAUGGGGAUAUGUAUGAGAAGUGGGCAACGGCCGAAGAAAUGCAUAAUGGUCGAUUACUUUCAACACGAACAGGGACGGGAGGUGACGAUGACAUCAAUGUAGACGAUCCAUAUCGGAUUAUAAUAUUUGACGAUAUACGAUCAUUCUUAUAUGACGUCACAUUCCCUCAGUCGUGUAUAGAACUUUUAUAUGCGUGCUUUUCAUUUGUUGGAUUGACGUUCAAUCCCGGAUAUUCAUCAUCAAAUCCGUUGAUUACGGAUACCUUCCUAAAUAAUAAACUUGCAAAUGAAUCAAUAGCGAACAAAAGUUUUUGGGCGACAAGAUUGGAAGAAAAUUGUUUAUUCAAAUUUCCUAUCAAGGCAUUUCCUCAAGUUGAAGAUAAUUUAUUCAAUUCACAAAAUUGGAUUUGUAUUUGUGAUGAAGUUGAUGUGAUAAAUGUCGAUAUGAAAUUUGUAAGGAACGCGUUUUAUCAGUUAAGACAAGUAGUGAAUGACACGGGAAUUAAAUUGAGCCGUCUCUCGGUAGAGCAUUUAUAUGAUACGUCGAGUGGUCGGUCGCUUGCAAAGAGUAUGUUAAAGCGAGAAAAAAUGAAUCUCGCACUUUGGAAUGGUUAUGCGCAGGUUGAACGAUCAUCAAAUAAAUACUCGGAGGCACGUAAAAUAUAUCUUGGUGCUAUUGCACAGAUUCUAUCAUAUCCCGAACGAUUUCAAAUUGAUGCUCCAUUAUUGCAUAGAACAUUUGCAGAAAUGGAAUUGGAACAAGGACAUUAUAAGACCGCUAUGAAUAUUUUAACGCUGUUAACCGAAGAACAAGGGAAUAUUGAAUCGAUAGCGGAAGUUGAUGUAUCAGUAACUAGAUUGUUGAAGGCGAAGAAAUAUUAUGCACAACAAAUGGCAAAGUCCACAACAACGAUAUCACAAUAUGAAUCAGGAAAUUCAUUACAUUAUUGUGUUUGUUAUGCAUUACUGGAAUGUCUUAGUCAGAAUAUCCAACAAGCUUGUAAAAUAUAUGAAGAAAUGAUACAAGAUAUAGAAAUGAGAAAAGGUUAUUUGGAUUUAGAAGCUGAAUUAAUUUUCAUGGCAUAUCCUUUAAUUUAA